AUGACGCUGCAUUCGCUACACAACAACGCUUCUAUUACUAUCGAAGCCCAUGUGCUUGCUCUCUUGAUGUUUUGGUAUCAAGAAGAGCCACAGACAGAAUUCACUACAGGCUAUACUGAAGAACAAGAAGAGUGUGAACAACACUUUGUCAAUACACACUACAGACAGUCUGAUGGUCGAUAUGUCGUUCGCUUGCCGCUUAAAUCUUUGCCAAGUCAACUGGGUGAUUCGCUCAGAGCUGCACAAUACGCCUUGCUACGUCUUCGCAAACGAUUAGAAGCUGAUCCAGUCUACAAGAAAUUGUACUUCGACUUCCUGAAGGAAUAUGAAGACUUGAGACACAUGAAACGCAUUAAAUUAAAGGAUUUACCACCUAACAGCUACCUGUUGCCGCAUCAUGGAGUUCUAAAAGAGCACAGCACUACCACCAAGCUCAGGGUGAUAUUCAAUGGGUCCUGGAAAACAACAUUUGGCUUAUCUGUCAACGAGAUACUUCAUGCUGUCGAACCGCUAACUAAUACACGCUACGUUGAUGACAUCUAUGGAGGUGCAGAUGAACUCGCUGAGGCAAUCCAAGUUGCUCUCGACAUAAUAAAUAUGUGUGCCGCAGGAUGUUUUCCGCUUGCCAAGUAA